AUGGCAAGCACAAACGGUUCCACCGCUGUCGAGCAAUCGGGCGGUCCCAACAACAACAACCUUGGCAAGGAUGAGGUGGCCUGGUUCUUUGUCGAGCAAUACUACACCACCCUCAGCAAGACACCUGAGAAGCUCCACCUAUUCUACAGCAAGCGAUCCCAGUUCGUGUACGGAGCAGAGGCCGAGGUAGCUGACGUCUCGGUCGGUAGACAGAACAUUCAAGAGCGAAUCAAGUCUCUCGACCUGUCGGAAAACUGCAGUAAGGUUCGCAUCUCCAAUGUCGACUCCCAGACCUCUUUCGACAACAUCGUCAUCCAAGUCAUCGGUGAGACAUCCAACAGGGCUGGCGAUGACCCAAAGAAGUUCGUGCAGACCUUUGUUCUGGCCCAGCAGCCUUCCGGCUACUUUGUCCUGAACGACAUUCUCCGUUACCUCAACGAGGAGACCGAGGAGGAGCAGGGCGACAUUGCUACCCAGGAGGCUGCCGUCGAGGUCGCUGCUCCUGCCCCCGCCUCCGCUCCUGCUGCUGCCGAGACUCAGGAGGAGCCUGCGGCCAAGCCUGAACCAGUCGCAGAGGAGACCGCCCCCGCGGCAUCUUCUUUUGACGCCGGCGCCGUUGAUGAGAAGUUGGAGGAGGUCGCCACCAAGGACACUGCCGACGUCAAUGGAGACGAUGCGGCCGAGGCCUCCCCUGAGCCGGCAGCUGCUCCCGAGCCAGAGGCUCCAGCUCCCGCCGAGCCCACCAAGGUCACUGACCCAGAAGAGACAGCUCGUCAACUUGAGGAGGAGGACACCAAGGAGCCGGAGAAGCCCACUGACCCAAGCCCAACCCCUGUUGCUGCUCGUCAACAGCCUCCUGCCCCUCAACCCUCGGCUCCCGCUCAGCCACCCAAGCCAAUGACCUGGGCUAGCCGUCUCGCUGCUGGUGCACCUCCCAAGCCCGUCGUUCCUCUCCCCAAGGCGGCGACCCCAGCUGCCCAGCCGAAGCCGGCAGGCCAACCCGCUGCAGCCGCCGCAAAGGCCGCCGCCGCUCCCGCUCAAGCAGCUGAAGCACCAGCAGCUACCAAAGACGAGUGGCAAACAGCUGGCAGCGACAACAAGAAGCACACCCGCAUUCAGUCCGUCUCUAGCCCUCAGCCAGAGAAGGAAGGUGUUUUGGGAUACGUUAAGUAUGUUACCGAGAAAGUCCAGCAGGACGAACUGAAGGCGGCAUUGGCCAAGUACGGCGACGUUGCCUACCUCGACAUCAACCGCGCAAAGAGCUGCGCCUUUGUUGAGUUUGCGAGCCCCGCUGGUUACCAAGCAGCUGUAGCUGCUAAUCCCCAUGUGGUCAAUGGCGAGAAUAUCACUGUCGAGCCUCGCCGCGCCAAGGCCCAACCCUACGGUGGUGGCAACUUCGGCUCGGGGCGCGGAAACCCGGCCAACCGAGGACGUGGUGGGUUUGAUGGAGGUCGCAGCGGAAGCCAAGGUGGCCGAGGCAACUUUGGCGGCCAGAACCGUGGCGGACGAGGUGGAGCUCGGGGAGCUCGGGGAGGUGCCCAGCCUCCUGCUGCUGCUUAA